GGGUAACGUAGUUUAGUAACCGCAUUCAAAAUGGUGGACGUUCAGCUUCCGCCGUUCCGGAGCCUUGAUGAUUUUCUUUUCAGUUCGGCUCGGUUCUCCGUGCCAGAUGUCCGUAAUUUAGAGAGGUGGAACAACCGGAUCAUCAACAACUUGCUGUAUUACCAGAGGAACUAUUUUGCUUCCGCUUUGGUUUUCCUGCUGAUAGUCGGGUAUUUCCAGCCCUUUCAGCUCUUCCUUGGAGUGGCUGUGAUGAUCUCUGUGUUUCUGGGCUUCGUCUGGGGUGCGGAGAACAAGGCCACAGUAAGACGCUUCCGGAGGAACCAUCCUUCCCUCUGUUUGAUUGCCAUCUUGGGCUCCAGCUACUUUCUGUUGUCCAUGCUGGGAGGGGUGGCCAUCUUUCUUUUCGGCAUCACCUUCCCCAUUUUAAUGAUUCUGGUCCAUGCGUCAGUAAGGCUACGGAGCUUAAAGAAUAAAGUGGAGAACAAGCUGGAGAGCAUUGGGCUGAAGAGAACACCUAUGGGUCUGCUGCUGGAAGCACUCGGGCAAGAGCAAGAGGCCGGCUCGUAGUGUUCGGUCCUAUCCCCAAGCAACCAUCAGGAACCUUUCCUUAAGUCCUAAGCAUUAUAAGCAGUAUGUUUUUACUAUUGUGCCAUUGUUUCUAUACACAAACACAAAGGGCAAAAGUUGAGUGCAAAGUUUUCAUUCCCCAUAGUGUUUAAUGUAGAAAAGAAACCCAAGGCAGACUCGUCAACAGAAAAAUAGUUUAACCCGUGACGUUGGGACUAUUAAACUUCUGAACUAAUAUAAUUUUCUCGUUUUGUUUCCACUAUUCAAGUCUUAACAUGCACUGUUUGAUUAUUAUUAUUUUUUUACUUGUGCUCAUGAAGGAGCAUCUAUGAAACAAAAACACUACGCAUCAUCUUGUUAUAAAUAAAAUUUCUCAUUUUAAACUAAGGGUAUGCAAACUUUUUCCACUCAAUUUUGUUUUAAGUGAAGUAUAAUUGAAGGAAUAUCUACAGUAUACCUGCGUUUAACACCAGGUUUAGGAUUUUACUGCAUUGAAAAUGGACAUUUCAAAUCUAUCUUUAACCAUGCAUUGAAUCUGCCUUUAUAUAUAUAUAUAUGUUUUGUUCUUGCUUCACAUACACACAUUUGUGCAUUACCUUUCUACAUUUGUGCCAACAUUCCCCAAGUAACGAGGGCCUUGUUGAUUGUUACUGACCAAUGCAUCACACAUUCUUUAUAUUUAGAUCAUAUUGUUUUGCCAAUGAAGCCUAGACACUUCAAUUAUUUAUAAGCUAUUUGUGUAAUCAAUAUGUAUCAAAAUCCCACAGAAUGACUGAUACAUUAUACUACAAGUGUUUAUAUUUUGAUUGUUUGAGUAGUUUAGGUGUUGACACAGUUUCACAAGUAUUAUAAGGAUGUAUUUGUACCGGCUAUGUUUUAAUAUGAUCUCAGUUUGCCAAUGUAUUAUUGAAUGUCAAUUUUUUCUUUGUUUUGUCAAUAAAACCGACAUGAUUUUCUAAUGUCAACUGCAACCAGUUUAA